AUGCAUAUGUGUUCUGCUACGAGCACUAAUCGAUGGAGAGGUUUACGUUGUUUAUUAGAGCGAGUUGGUCCUUUCCAACGUCCCGAUUUUCAGCCUUCAGAUGAAUUGCUACAAAUGCUGCAAGAACACGUGAAAAUUCUAAUAGUUGGUGCUGGGGGUCUCGGUUGUGAACUUCUCAAAGAUUUGGCACUGAUGGGUUUCACGAACAUCGAUGUGAUUGAUAUGGAUACAAUUGAUGUGUCCAACCUUAACCGCCAGUUUCUAUUCCGGCCUCAUGAUGUGGGUAAACCCAAAGCCGAAGUGGCUGCUCGUUAUAUAAUGCAGCGAGUGCCGUCUUGUAAAGUGAAUCCUCAUUUCAAAAAGCUCCAGGACUUCUCAGAGGAUUUUUAUCGACAGUUUAAUGUUGUUGUUUGUGGUUUGGACUCCGUGGAUGCUCGUAGAUGGAUCAAUGCCCUACUGGUAAAUGUUCCUGUUUUUAUUUUUCGUGAAACACUACUUGAAUCAAAGGCUCCAGUCAGGGUUCCCCAAGAAACCCUUCGUCGGUUUGGGCUACCGCGAAGUAUGUCGUGUCUCAAAGUCUUAGGUAUCCAUUUGGAAAACCCUCUUUCUCAUCUGUUCAGUUCUUCCUCCUCCUGUCUGCACCACUCAUGGGAUAUCACUCAGCGUUCAACUAGUAAGGCAUCCAACCAGAAGCUAACAGAUUUUGAAACCCAAAUCUCCUCUUCACUUGGCCGUAUUUAA